AUGGAAUAUCUGUCUAGAACUCUAUACAAGGUGGGUGAGGAUAGAUGCUUUAAAUUUCAUCCAAGGUGUAGGUCUACAAAGUUGACUCACCUCUGCUUUGCAGAUGAUCUCAUCUUAUGCUGCAAAGGUGAGUUUCACUCUAUUCAGCUGCUUCUCCAAGGUUUCAAACUUUUUUCUGACACUUCUGGUCUGAAGGCUAACAUUCAAAAGUCAGCUGUGUAUUGUGCUGGUAUGAAACCAGAGGUAGUUCAGCAGGUAGUGGACUUUUCUGGGUUUGCCUUGGGUUCUUUUCCCUUUAGGUAUUUAGGGGUUCCUAUUUACUUUAAAAGAAUCACUAAUGCUGAUUGUGAAGGAUUAGUUGAUAAAAUGAUGGCAAGAAUCAAGACUUGGAGUUCUAGGAACUUGUCUUUUGCAGGAAGGAUAACUCUUAUCAAUUCAGUCCUCUUAAGCAUCCACUCUUACUGGGCUCAAGUGUUUAUCCUUCCCAAACAUGUGCUUAAAAAUGUUGAAGCUAUCUGUAGAGCCUUUUUAUGGCAAGGCACUUACUUCUGUUCUAAACCAGGUUAUGUUGCCUGGGAUAGAGUUUGCAGACCUAAAAAGGAAGGAGGAUUAGGAAUAAGGCAAGUUCAGGCAUGGAAUAUUGCAGCUUUAGGGAAAUAUGUUUGGGCUAUAGCCAGAAAACAGGACACAAUGUGGGUUAGAUGGGUCAAUGCAAUCUACAUUAAGACUGCAGGUUGGUGGAAUUAUCAGCCAAAAGCUGAUAGUGGUUGGUACUGGAGAAAGAUUUGUAGUGUGAAGGAGAAACUAAAGGGUUUGUUUAGUGAGGCUGAGUUGGAUCAAAUGCCUAAAUACUCUAUCCAGAAGGUAUACCAGAAGUUGGUUCAACAGCAUGAGAAGGUCCCUUGGGGAUCUGCAGUGUGGAAUAGAGCCUCUAUUCCCAAGACUAGAGUGAUUUGCUGGCUGAUGGUCCAAGGGAGACUGCAAACAAGAGAAAGGCUACAUAAGAUUGGGGUCUGUAACACUACUACAUGCUUGCUUUGUGAGGCAAAAGAUGAAACUCACCCACACCUUUUCUUUGACUGUGAAUACAGUAGAAGAUGUCUACAGGGGGUUGAGGAAUGGCUAGAUAUUCCUACUAGCAAAGUACAUUAUAUGGGCCUGCUGAGGUGGGUUAAAUGGAAGAGCCAGUGCAGCAAAUUUCAAAAGACAGCAAUACACACUGCUGUCAAUGCUACUGUGUAUAAUCUAUGGAGAGCAAGAAAUGAUGCUCUCUGGAAUCAGAAGGUUCCUACCCCUUCAACUACUAUCAGAUGCAUUCAGAGGAGUGUGAUUGACAGAUUAGCUCAUAUAGGUGCUAAGCAAUCUAGCACAAAUGACCAGAUUUGGUGGAAGAGCAAAUGCACUAUUUAG